AUGGGCACUUUGGUGUUCCCAAGGAGACGGUCAUUUGUAUUUAAAUUAUUGCUUUUGUUACCAGCAGUUUGGUUAUGUACUAUGCUGUAUUUUUCCACUUCUACGAAAGCAUCGGGCAAGGUCCCUUCCAUGAAGCGUCCAAAAAUUGAUUUACCAAAAUUGCAUAAAUUAGAAGGCUUCGGUCCUCCUAUUUCAAUCAAACCUGCAGUUGAAAUCGAGGAAAAGCUUCCUGCAGAAGGUAUCGAUGCGAGGAUUGAAGAGGGAAAUAUUCCUAAGCUAAACAAAGCGCUGUUCAACCGGGAUUCUCCUAUCUACAAAUGGGGUGAUAAACAUCAGCCUGGUGAAGGUGGAAAGGCAGUGAUAAUCGAUAAAAACAAAUUGACUGUCAGUGAAAAAAAGGUUUACGAUGAUGGAUUUAGCAAGAAUGCUUUUAAUCAGUACGUCUCAGAUAUAAUUUCGAUACAUAGAAGUUUGCCUAGUUAUAUCGAUGAAGAAUGCAAAACGGAAAAAUAUGCUAGCGAUCUUCCGAAUACUUCAGUUAUCAUAUGUUUUCAUAACGAAGCUUGGUCAGCUUUACUCCGCACGGUACAUAGUGUACUUGAAAGAACACCGGAAAAUUUACUUGCCGAAAUUAUCUUGGUUGAUGAUUUUUCGGACAUGGCACAUCUCAAGGCUGAUUUGGAAAUUUAUAUGCGGCAGUAUCCGAAAGUUCGUAUUUUACGCUUGGAAAAACGUGAGGGUCUAAUAAGAGCUCGCAUAAGAGGAGCUGCUAUUUCAAAAAGCCCUGUGAUCACAUAUCUUGAUUCUCAUUGCGAAUGUGUAGAAGGUUGGAUGGAACCUCUUUUGGAUCGAAUCAAAAAGGAUCCGAAAACAGUGGUAUGCCCCGUUAUUGAUGUAAUUGAUGAUAACACGUUUGAGUACCACUACUCAAAGGCUUACUUCACUAAUGUGGGUGGUUUUGAUUGGUCUUUGCAAUUCAAUUGGCAUGCCAUUCCUGAGAAGGAUCGUAAAGGUAGAAGGAACAUUGAUCCUGUAAAGUCUCCAACUAUGGCUGGUGGUCUUUUUUCCAUCGAUCGUUCUUUCUUCGGAGAAUUAGGAUCUUAUGAUCCCGGUUUCGAUAUUUGGGGUGGGGAAAAUUUGGAGCUUUCUUUCAAAACAUGGAUGUGUGGCGGAAGACUGGAAAUUGUUCCCUGCAGUCAUGUUGGUCAUGUAUUUCGCAAACGAUCACCUUAUAAAUGGCGUACUGGUGUGAAUGUUUUGAAGAGAAACUCUGUUCGAUUAGCUGAAGUAUGGAUGGAUGAAUACAAGAAGUACUACUAUGAGAGAAUUAACAAUGACUUGGGUGAUUUUGGUGAUGUAAGCAGCAGAAAGGCAUUACGUGAGAGACUGCAAUGUAAGUCUUUCAAGUGGUAUCUGGAUAAUGUGUAUCCGGAAUUGUUUAUUCCAGGAGAUGCUAUUGGAAAAGGAGAGAUUCGUAAUAGAGGCGAAGUGAAAGGGGAUGUUGUCCAACAUUGCUUGGAUAGUGAGGUGGGCGAUGAGAUUCAAAAAGUCGUUAUUGCGUUUCCAUGUCACAAGAAUGGUGGUAACCAGAUUCGCAACAGAGGAGGAGGAUCGAAGAAUUGUUUAGAUUGGGCGUCGCGAGGAAAGCAAAAAUCGGCAAAUGCGGGUUUAUACUGGUGUCAUAAGAAAGGCGGUAAUCAGUACUGGAUGAUAACGAAGGACGGCGAAAUACGAAGAGAUGAUUCAUGUAUUGAUUAUGCUGGUGUCGAUGUUAUGGUUUAUCCGUGUCAUGGAUUGAAAGGUAAUCAAGAAUGGAAAUAUCUUCCCUAUAAAAAUCAAAUUCUUCAAAUUCUUCACGUCGCUACGAACGAGUGUUUGGAAAUGUCGAGGGAUGGUGCCAAAUUGUUGAUAAAUGUUUGUGAUCAAAAAAAUCCAUAUCAGCACUGGUUGGUUCAGGAAUUCAAUCUAACGUUAGCUAGGCAGUACAAAUUAUUAUGA